UUUACAUUGGCGAUGACUUCACAGGACAACGCGGGAACCUAGCCUCACCCACCGGGAACAAGCAAGGAGGAGGGGCUUAGCGCGUUGUGCUAUGGGGCUGAAGCCAGGAACGUGUCCUCGUAUGUACAGUAGGCGAGGACUGCCGUCGUCAGUCGAUGACCUCACACUACACUUGAACCAGGAGGAAUCGCUUUUCUCUCACCUGGUGUUUGCCAUCUGUCCAGCUUCAUAGGUAGACGAUGAGAGAUAGAACACAGACUCUUCACACUUGUGCCAUCCUUUUCACUGACCAGUGUUCAAGAACAGGAAGCUUCAGAUAGUUUAAUGGAGAUCCACACCUAUAAUGUGAAAAUACCAUACGAUGAACUUACCCCUACUCUGCUCCUCCCAUCACAUUCAGCCUCCUGCUGGCUCCGUCUGCAGCCUUCACAAGCCACCGCUUAGACUUUGCUAGGAAAAGAGUGAAGACACAUCAAAACCCUCUAGGAAGAGGAAACCUCAGGAGCCAUCCACCUUCUUCUUUGCUGUCCUCACCCACACUCCAGCCAUGAGCGGCUUCAGCUGAUGUGCAGAAAUCCCUCCAGAGAUUCCCAGGACAUCUAUAGAUGCACUGGUGUAUUUAAUGCUCUCGUAUUUAUGAACUCCCCUUUGGAUACAGUGCAGGUGCUAUAAGCUGUUGCCUACAGAUCCAGGGGAAAUGAAUGUCUACUUAGUGAACAAAACAAGUUCCAUGCUCCUCUGUGGCUACUUUUUCUUACGGUCUAUCUUGGCCGACUUCACUUUGGACAAUGAAGUCCACUCCAGCUUUAUCCAAAGGAGGUUACGGAGCCAGGAGCGCCGGGAGAUGCAGAGAGAAAUCUUGUCCAUUUUGGGUCUGCCGCAUAGACCUCGUCCACAUUUGUAUGGCAAACAGAACUCUGCCCCGAUGUUCAUGCUGGAUCUGUACAAUGCCAUGACAGUUGAAGAAGAGGAGGCUGAAGGGUUCUCGUAUCCAUACAAGCCCAUCUUCACCACACAGGGUCCACCACUUGCUAGUCAACAGGACAGUAACUUCCUCAACGACGCAGACAUGGUCAUGAGUUUUGUCAACUUAGUGGAGCACGAUAAGGAGUUCUUCCAUCGGAGACGUCACCAUCGGGAGUUCCGGUUUGAUCUUGCCAAAAUUCCAGAGGGUGAAGCGGUGACAGCAGCUGAAUUCAGGAUAUAUAAGGAUUAUAUCCGAGAGCGCUUUGACAACGAGACCUACCAGAUCAGCAUCUACCAAGUUCUGCAGGAACAUCAAGGAAAGGACUCCGACCUGUUCCUGCUUGACUCCAGGACCAUCUGGGCAGCUGAAGAAGGUUGGUUGGUCUUCGAUAUCACGGCCACCAGUAAUCAUUGGGUCCUCAUCCCACAGCAAAAUCUUGGCCUGCAGUUGUCUGUCGAGAGCAAUAAUGGUCAAAGCAUUAACCCUAAGCUGGCUGGUUUGAUUGGGACUAAUGGACCCCACAAUAAGCAGCCCUUCAUGGUGGCCUUUUUUAAAGCUACAGAGAUUCACCUGCGCAGUAUCCGAUCAACAGGUGGGAAGCAGCGCAACCAAAACAGAUCCAAAGCACCAAAGAACCAAGAGGCGCUGAGGGUGGCGAACGUAGCAGAGAACACCAGCACAGAUCAGAAGCAGGCCUGUAAGAAGCAUGAGUUGUAUGUCAGUUUUCGAGACCUGGGAUGGCAGGACUGGAUCAUCGCUCCUGAGGGUUACGCCGCAUAUUACUGUGAAGGGGAAUGCGCUUUUCCUUUAAAUUCCUACAUGAAUGCGACAAACCACGCUAUCGUACAGACACUGGUUCAUUUUAUCAGCCCGGACACAGUUCCCAAGCCGUGCUGCGCCCCCACCCAGCUCACCGCCAUUUCUGUCCUCUAUUUUGAUGACAGCUCCAAUGUGAUACUUAAAAAGUACAGGAACAUGGUGGUCAGGACCUGUGGGUGUCAUUAAUACAGGGGGUCCUCCAGUCACAUCUACAGGAUUUGCAGCUGUAUGAGAUCCAACCAGCCAAGAACAUGUACCGCACUCGCCCAGUACAGAAUGUCCAGUACUGCCACCCAUGUGCAUACUAAUCAUGUGACAGUUGUGUCUACCCACACCAUGAAUCUUCGUGGACCCGGAAUCUGUUACAUUCAGUGGAACCAGGUUUUACCUGUAACACAGGAUGGAGGACGAGCUUUUAGUGCAGCGCUAUUAAUGCACCGCCAAUGCUACAUUCUGCGUUCUGUACAAUUUCCAAUAUGGUUUAGAACCCAGGAUAUAAAACAUUCUGCAGUAAAACAUCAGCUUUUAGAUUGGAUUGGAUUUUAUAUGUGGAUCUCUAGGAUUUUCCUAUCUCAUUGGCACCUACUGGCACAAAAAGGAGUUGGACAAUGACUGAGACAUUUGACUUUGGUCUGUUUUGUGUCAGAUUUGAGGCUCCAGUACGGAAUCGUAAGAUGAGAUAAUAAUAAAAUAAAACUAUUUUAGUGUGGUCCUCCGUGAAAUCCACAAAAUUAUCUCCUUGCACACAAUGGAAAUAAAUCUCCUUAACAUCCUGAGGUAAAAAAAA